CUCUCACCCUGUACUUCACUCACGCUACCCACUGCCACUCGCAGAGCCCCUCGCACUCUCACCCAAAGCCAGAGAAUCUCUCGCAUGCGCAGUGCCGCCCCCCAACUUGCACACACAGCCGCCUAUAGAGAGAGGAGCGACCGGAACUUCGAGAAACAGCGCUCGGCUCCGAGUGACAGAGCUGCCAGCGCCGACUUGGUUGUUGUUCCGCGGGACUCAGUGCUACAUUCCUGCAGUAGGCGGGGGCACGGGAGCUUUCUGCUAAGCGCUGCUUCUACUGUAAGCGAGUAGUCACAUGGACUGGAAGCGACUCACAGCUGCCGCCUUACACAAAGCACAGUGGGACUGCCGUGCAGUCGUCUAUCAGUCGCUGUCACUUUGUGCCGCCAGACGCUGCAACGCGCAGAGUUUAUAUUAUUUCUAUUUGUGUGCCCAACGGAUUUGUACUUGUAGUGGCUGAAGCGAGACAUCUAGCAACAUAUUUUAGGAGCUGAAUCUUUGUUCCUUCCUCUGGCCCCAGCCCUAUAGGAGAACAGGGCAUCAGAGGCUUUGGGGCAUUUUCAUUGCUUUAUCAGCUCUCCUGCAACCCCUUUACAGCAUUAAAAUAGAAGCAAGUCCAUGUAGUAACCCCCUGCUGCCUAUUAAGUUUGGAAAUUAACCUAGACUGGUCCCUGGAUCCAGGAAUUGCUGCUUCUCUACUGGAUAUGGAUCUCCUGCCCCAUCCUGAGCCCACAAACCCUUCUGGAUAGAUGAGUUCCAGGCAUCCCCUUAUCAUCAAGCCGACUGCACAUCUUUCACUGCCUACAGAUCAGCCCACCUGGAAGAGAUGACAGCCACAGCUGCCCAAAAGUGCCUGAAGAACGAUAAGGUUGAUGAGGCCCAGGCUUUGGCACGAAGUUGUGCUGGGAGACCAGAUUUUAAACCCUGUGAUGGUCUUUCCAUCUGUGCCACCCACAGCCAUGGGAAGUGCUUCAGACUCCAUUGGUGCUGUCAUCUUGGCUGGUGCCACUGCAAAUAUGUGUACCAGCCCAUGACUCCUGUGGAGCAGCUCCCAAGCACAGAAAUUCCAGCUGAGCCCCAAGACCAGACAAACACCAUCCAAAUCUCUGUCUCGCUGGCCGAGCACUUCCUUAAAGUAGCCCCUUCUUUUCAACCUCCAUACAUCCCAGAAUCUCCUCGAUAUUGCACCAUCUCUGACCUAUUUUUGGAUAAUUAUCAGGUAAAAUGCAUCAAUGGGAAAAUGUGUUAUGUCCAGCGCCAACCUCUACCACCGCCUCCACCUCAUGGGGCAAGGCCUGAGAGAGAGCACCAACAAGAGGCCUACCAACUCAAUGAAGCACAGGGCCCUAAAUUAGAUCAUUGCUCUUCUCCAUCAAACUCAGAGGACUCUGGAAUCAAUGCAGUGGGAGUUCCCUUCUUAGAAUCAUGGGACGAUGACACAGAAGAAGGUGCAGAACUCAGUUCAGAGGAGGAUUGCAGUCCAGACAGUUGCUGGGGACAGGAAAAGUGUCCACUGGUGGUAUCUCCAUCCAAGACAGACUUGGAAGUUAUAGAGACUAUAGAAACCACAGUUUAAAUAACAGGCUGCUGGUGGAAAGCGGUUAAAGUCAUGUGUGUGCAUACCUGAGCAGGGUGCAAAGCAAUACGAUCAACAAAAUAUUGCAUACCUGAUUAUCUAUAUCCAUAGAGUAUUAUGUAUGGGCUACAUAUAGGAAGAUGAACUAGUCAAGAACAGUUCCCAACAUAAAUAGAAGUUUAAUCAGUAUUUUUGCUUGUGAAAGGCUUUAUAGUAAUUACAAGUAAACUAUACCCAAAUUGUUAGAUUGUUCUAAUAAUACAUUUCUAUCCAAAGUCCAAAUUUUGUGAUGUGUGCCUUUGCAAUCAUGCUUUGGGGUUUUUUUUUUUUCCAAAAAAGGUAAUAGAAUGGGUUAUUGUGUCAUAGUGAAGAAUUAUUUAUCACUUUAUUUUAGGGAUUUCUAUCAUAUAUUUAAAUUAUCCAUGCCCUUAGUCUAAAUUAUUAGGAAAUAAGGCCAUCUUCUGGAUGGUAUUUUUCUCCCAUGUUGUGACCAUUACUGGUAUAAAUGCUGUUGUAAAGUAUUUUACUUUCAGAGUGCACUAUAGGCUGUAGAAAGUUUUAGGAAGGAAGUAUGCUUUAAGGGGCUAUCACUAAUAUUCUGAAUUUCCUUAUUGAGAUAGGCUUGCUGAGAUUCUCAUAAUAAUAGCCAAUCACUUGCAAGAUAUACCUAUCCAUAGCAUAGAAGCAAGGUGGAUUUACUAUAACUCUAUCACUGAUGAACGUCACAGGAAAGUUAUUAAGUACUGGCGUUAUAAAUGAGUGCAUUACUGACACAGGGUCAUUAUUUUAAAUAUAUUUUGGCUUAAAACAUAACUAUAAUUUUAUGUGUAAAGUGUACUACCUAUAUUGAAUUAUUUUAUUAUCUGGCUAUGGAAAUGUUUUGUGAUAAUAUGGCUGUUUCUGUGCCUUGAAUUAAAAAUGCUCACUAAUGUCAGAAAUAUCAAGGCGACAGUCUUAAAGCUAUAAUGUGGACAGUGGCACAAAGGGUUCUGAUUCUGAGACAGUGAAUGAGUAACAUGAGAUAACAAGAAAGAUAAAUGUAACUUUAAUGUGUGCAAAUGCAUAUAAAGUGCUUCAUAUCGCUCUUCUCUUGUGACCUUAAAUAGCAGGCAGUGAAAUCAGAGAGUAAUCAGACCCUACUGGACCCAUACCAUUUGCUGUGUCCUAAACCUCUGACAGAAGUAAGGAAAAAAGAAGAUGCACUCAUCCGGGUCAAAACAAUUUACUCAAGGCAAACUUUCAGCACAUUUACAGUGAUUUGUCUGCAGCCUUGUCCUGGGUUUCCUUCUACAAGUAGGGAAUGAAGAUUUUGUAUUUCAUCUCUUCUCAACUAUGUUUCCCGUGAAAGUGGGUUAAGAUAGUUUUAAUGGCCACUCUUGACUGCAAGCCUAUUGGCACAUGAGCUUUGCCAUAAUGAUCACAUCCCCAACCCUGGGGCCCACUCUGAAAACACAGAAAAUUCCCUGCCAUAGACAAUGCUCAGAAUAGCAAAAGCAUUUUUAAGCAAGUGUACUGUUUUGGCAGCUCAAACAAUGUGUGACAUUGAGCUAAAAUCAGGGGUUUGAAAAGUGUGGCCCUACAGCUUGUCAUCCAGGUAAUAUCUUGCCAGGCUGUAAUAUGGUGAUAGCUGGAGGGUGAAAUCUAAUAGAGCUUGCCUUAAAUGCAUUGCUGAGUGACAAUUGACUCCACACUGUAUGGUUGCAUCUCUCACUGGCACUUGGACAAGCGAUCCUGACACCUGCACAAUAUGGGGAGAGCGGCUCCCAGCUGCCUCUUUCUCUCUGCAAUUACUGAAUGAAGGAGCGCAGAACAAGUCAAUUAUGAUGCAAUUAAGUUAUAGUGACCUUUAAAAGCGACAGUCUUCAAAGGGGAACAGAGAACCACGGGGGCCGGAUCGGAACUAACUUGAGAGCUGGCGACAGAAAACCUUUAGAAGUUGUAGCAAUCCUGGAGGACUUUGUGCUCUCUUGACUCUGAGCAAAUCACAGGGCUUAGCGCCUGCAGAGAGGUAUUAAUAUUUAGCAGUAUUAGCCAGCCAUGGAAGCAUGUUUGUUUAGGAACUCAAGUGGAGUCUCUGUGAGAAUCUUUGCUUAAGAUGAUUUUGUCUCACUGUUGCUGCACUGACAUUAAUUGGAACUAAACAGCACUUAUGGUAUUGGACCUUUUAAAUUCUGUGUUAUGUCCUUAAAUACAUUAAAAUAAUCUGUAUGUAAGAUCUGUAUCUCAUAUUGGCAUCCCAGUCCAUUGGCUGGACCCCAUGAAUCUCAUUGAUGAUACAAUAGCUUAAUACCUCCUUCCAUGAUGAGUACUUGGAGAUUUUCUGAAGCAGAAACAUUCAAGUUCGAGUAGAGGCUUGAGCUGUGUCUCUUGGAGGUCGAGGUUGAUAAAUCUCAUAUUCGAAUUGGUGGAUUAAAAUUGGAAUGUGUGAAUUUUGACACCAAAAUGUGAAAGUUUGAAUUUGAAUUUACCUUAAUAAAUUUGCCCCUUAAAGAUU